AUGGAUGAAGCAUUUAUUUUAGCAGAAAAGGCAUAUGAAAAUUUAGAAGUUCCUGUAGGAUGUGUUUUAGUAUAUAAAAAUGAAAUAGUAGGACGUGGUUUUAAUGAUGUUAAUCGAACAAAAAAUCCCACAAGACAUGCUGAGAUGGUUGCAUUUGAUGAUCUAAGAGAAUGGUGUAAAGAUAAAAAUAUAAAAGUAGAAGAAAUUGCUAAAUCACUUGAAUUGUAUGUAACAUUAGAACCAUGUAUUAUGUGUGCAUCAGCAAUGAUACAAUUAGGAAUUAAAAAAAUUGUAUUUGCUGCAUCAAAUGAACGUUUUGGUGGUAUUCAUAGUGUCUCAAAUAUAAGUAAUUAUGGACCUACAAAGAAUAGUUUUAUGAUAUUUUCUAAUAUUGAUGAGGAACGGGCAAUUUCAUUGUUAAGAAAAUUUUAUGACAGAGAAAAUGUAAAAGCGCCAGAAGGAAAAAGGAAAUUAAAAAAAAUAUAA